AUGGAGCGCUCAUCGCCCGACGGGCCGCUGAACGCGUCGGGGGCGCUGGCGGGCGAGGCGGCGGCGGCGGCGGCGGGCGGGGCGCGCGGCUUCUCCGCCGCCUGGACCGCGGUGCUGGCGGCGCUCAUGGCGCUGCUCAUCGUGGCCACGGUGCUGGGCAACGCGCUGGUCAUGCUCGCCUUCGUGGCGGAUUCGAGCCUCCGCACGCAAAACAACUUCUUUCUGCUCAACCUCGCCAUCUCCGACUUCCUCGUGGGGGCGUUCUGCAUCCCACUCUACGUGCCCUACGUGCUGACUGGUCGCUGGCCCUUUGGCCGGGGCCUCUGCAAGCUGUGGCUGGUGGUGGACUACCUGCUCUGCACCUCCUCUGUCUUCAAUAUCGUUCUCAUCAGCUACGACCGCUUCCUGUCGGUCACCCGAGCCGUCUCUUACCGGGCCCAGCAGGGUGACACGCGGCGGGCGGUGCAGAAGAUGGUGCUGGUGUGGGUGCUGGCCUUCCUGCUCUAUGGACCCGCCAUCCUCAGUUGGGAGUACCUGUCUGGCGGCAGCUCCAUCCCUGAGGGCCACUGCUACGCCGAGUUCUUCUACAACUGGUACUUCCUCAUCAUGGCCUCCACCCUUGAGUUCUUCACCCCUUUCCUCAGUGUCACCUUCUUCAACCUCAGCAUCUACCUGAACAUCCAGAGGCGCACCCGUGUCCGGCUGGAUGGAGUGCGCGAGGCGGCCACCACCGAGCUUCCACCCGAGGCCCAGCCCUCUCCACCGCCCACUGCACCCAGCUGCUGGGGAUGCUGGCAGAAAGGGUGCGGGGAGGCCGUGCUGCUGCACAGGUACGGGGUGGGGGUCAGCGAGGUGACCCCGGGCCCUGAGGCCGGGGAGGUGGCCCUCGGGGGUGGUAGUGGUGGGGGUGCCAUGGCCUCGCCCACCUCCAGCUCCGGCAGCUCCUCAAGGGGCACCGAGAGGCCUCGAUCACUCAAGCGCGGCUCCAAGCCGUCCGCGUCCUCGGCGUCCCUCGAGAAGCGCAUGAAGAUGGUGUCCCAGAGCAUCACCCAGCGCUUCCGGCUCUCGCGGGAUAAGAAGGUAGCCAAGUCGCUGGCCGUCAUUGUGAGCAUCUUCGGGCUCUGCUGGGCCCCCUACACGCUCCUGAUGAUCAUUCGGGCCGCCUGCCAUGGCCACUGCAUCCCCGACUACUGGUACGAGACGUCCUUCUGGCUGCUGUGGGCCAACUCGGCUGUCAACCCUGUCCUCUACCCGCUGUGCCACUAUAGCUUCCGCCGGGCUUUCACCAAGCUACUCUGCCCCCAGAAGCUCAAGAUCCAGCCCCACAGCUCCCUGGAGCACUGCUGGAAGUGA